GUCAUAGGUCACUGGGCGGGUUGGAGGCGGAGCCCAUGGCACUGACAGGGGCGGAGCGGCAGUGGCCCGAGCAGUCUGGGCGGUGAUGGCGGCGACGGCGGUGACGGCGACAGCGGCGGCCCUGGCGCCAGCGGCCGGCACGGAUGGCGCCUCCUCAGUGCAUUGGUUCCGCAAGGGGCUUCGGCUCCACGACAACCCGGCGCUGCUGGCAGCAGUGCGCGGGGCGCGCUGUGUGCGCUGCGUUUACAUCCUCGACCCUUGGUUCGCGGCCUCCUCUUCUGUCGGGAUCAAUCGAUGGAGGUUCCUACUUCAGUCUCUGGAAGAUCUGGACACGAGUUUAAGGAAACUGAACUCCCGCCUGUUUGUAGUCCGCGGACAGCCAGCUGACGUGUUCCCAAGGCUAUUCAAGGAAUGGGGGGUGACCCGCCUGACCUUUGAAUAUGACUCCGAACCCUUUGGGAAAGAACGGGAUGCCGCCAUCAUGAAGAUGGCCAAGGAGGCUGGCGUGGAGGUGGUGACCGAGAACUCUCAUACUCUCUAUGACCUGGACAGGAUCAUUGAGCUCAAUGGACAGAAGCCACCUCUUACCUACAAGCGUUUUCAGGCCAUCAUCAGCCGCAUGGAACUGCCCAAGAAGCCUGUGGGCUCCGUGACCAGCCAGCAGAUGGGGAGAUGCCCGGCCGAGAUCCAGGAGAAUCACGAUGAAACCUAUGGUGUGCCCUCCCUGGAGGAGCUGGGGUUCCCUACUGAAGGGCUUGGCCCAGCUGUUUGGCAAGGAGGAGAGACAGAAGCUCUGGCCCGCCUGGAUAAGCACUUGGAACGGAAGGCCUGGGUCGCCAGCUAUGAGAGGCCCCGAAUGAACGCCAACUCCCUGCUGGCCAGCCCCACGGGCCUCAGCCCCUACCUGCGCUUCGGCUGCCUCUCCUGCCGCCUCUUCUACUACCGCCUGUGGGACCUGUAUAAGAAGGUGAAGCGAAACAGCACACCUCCCCUCUCCCUGUUUGGGCAACUCCUGUGGCGAGAGUUUUUCUACACAGCAGCCACCAACAACCCCAGGUUCGACCGCAUGGAGGGGAACCCCAUCUGCAUCCAGAUCCCCUGGGACCGCAACCCUGAGGCCCUGGCCAAGUGGGCCGAGGGCAAGACAGGCUUCCCUUGGAUCGACGCCAUCAUGACGCAACUGAGGCAGGAGGGCUGGAUCCACCACCUGGCCCGGCACGCUGUGGCCUGCUUCCUCACCCGCGGGGACCUCUGGGUCAGCUGGGAGAGCGGGGUCCGGGUGUUUGAUGAGCUGCUCCUGGAUGCAGACUUCAGCGUGAAUGCGGGCAGCUGGAUGUGGCUGUCCUGCAGCGCUUUCUUCCAGCAGUUCUUCCACUGCUACUGCCCCGUGGGCUUCGGCCGCCGCACGGACCCCAGCGGUGACUACAUCAGGCGAUACCUGCCCAAACUGAAAGGGUUCCCCUCUCGAUACAUCUAUGAGCCCUGGAAUGCCCCAGAGUCGGUUCAGAAGGCAGCCAAGUGCAUCAUCGGUGUGGACUACCCCCGGCCCAUCGUCAACCACGCCGAGACCAGCCGGCUCAACAUUGAGCGAAUGAAGCAGAUUUACCAGCAGCUCUCUCGCUACCGGGGACUCUGUCUGCUGGCAUCUGUCCCUUCUUGCGUGGAAGACCUCAGCAGCCCAGUGGCAGAGCCCACCUCAAGCCAGACGGGGAGCUCGGGCAGUGCAGGCCCAAGACCACUACCCAGUGGCCCAGCGUCCCCCAAACGCAAGCUGGAAGCAGCCGAGGAGCCUCCCGGUGAAGAACUCAGCAAACGGGCCAGGGUGGCAGAGUUGCCCGCCCCAGAGCUGCCGAGCAGGGAUGUCUGAGACUGCAGCUGUGGCUCCGUGAGCAAAGCCUGGGUGCCCAAGCAGCCACCACCGCAGCAGAGAGCAGCCUGCAGAGAAGCUGAUCACGACAGAUCAAGCGAACGUGUGUGCGCGCGCAUGCAGAGGAAGGAGUGGUGUGCCUAUUUGCGUGUGCAUGCGUCUGUUUACACUCUUGUGAUUCUGAGCACUGCCUGGGCUGGAGAAGUACCUGUAGCCGCUUCACCUCAGCCUUCAGACACCAGGUUGGGGGUCAUGGCUGUGACUUUCAGCCACUACCUGUCCCUGCGAGCCAGCUGCCUUGUCUGAACAGAAGAGUGGUAGGACCCUAGCUGGGAUUCCAGCGUCUGCCCCUCCCCCAGCCCUCCCUCCCUCCCUUCUCACAUCAGACGGAGGAGCAGAAGGGCAACAUUUCUGGCUCUUACUCAGAGCAUGGGAUUCUAGAAGCAGCCAGAGCCCUGCUGAGCUCCUCCUGACCCUGGACGCUGAGCAGGCUGGAGUGGACAGAGUCACCUGGCCUGGCUUCCUUCUUAUUAUAAAAUUCUCUGCCUCUGGGUCCUCCUGGCCCUUCCUCAGGCCUCUCGGACACAGAACAAGGCUGUGGACAGAUCUGAAAACUCUCGGCCAUCAUUCAGAAGUACCAGUACCUGCACGCUCGGCACUGCAGAUGCCAGGCUAGGAAGUACAUUCACCGUGUAGGGGCUGGAAACCUAAGAUUAGAAAUAGUGUCCCAGCUGUCACCGCUCCUCCCCUGGAAGCUGAGAGCCGGCCUCAGAGCUGACUGUGGAGACCCAGUGCCUCCACCAGGAGGAGGCCAGGUUCCCGGCUCCUCCGGCCACACUCCAGGGCACCACAGUGCUGCCUCUGAGGUCAGCUGACACCCGCCCAGGGGAGCCUGGUUCUAGCCUCUGCCUGCUCGGGACCGGUCAGCAUCCAGGCUGCCGUGUCAGCUCUGCCAAUAGCUGGACGCCAAGGACCCAGACAGGUGGACUCAGGUGGGGACUGUCAGGGACAGUUGAUUAAGGUCCAAGCAGAGAGCCCACCCAGCACAUCAACCCUUCCAGACGCAGCAGGUGGGAGGCUUGGCCCAGAGACGCCGAGGCCUUACAUUCCAGAAGUGGCCUGUGCCUCCCACCUCAACCCUCCCACCGCCGAAGGCUUGUGAUGAGAAAGGCAAAAUGGAAAGGACUGUGGUCAGCUGCAGCACGUCUUCCUUCCACCCGUGGCCUGCACUUGAGCCACAGAGUGUGUGCGUGCGUGUUGUGUGUGUGUGCGUAUGCAUGUGCGUGUGCACACAUGGCUGAGAAGCUGGUUCCUCUGGAUUUUUGUCCUCAUGUGUAACACUAAGCUGGCCUCUGGGCCUUCUCUUCUCUACCUCCCUGUGACCUUCCCUAGCCUCCCAGCUGUCAACGCCUUGGCCCCAGCCCUGCCCCUCACUGUUCUCUGUCCUUGGGCUGGAGCUCCGGGCUCAGGCCCCGUCUCCAGCUGUCCUGACAUGUCCGCAGAUAUUCUCAGCCAGAGAGCUGCCUUUAGAGUCCAAAUGUUGUAUGUAUGUCACCCUCACUGAAAAUGUCCCUACUGGGGGGGGGGGGGGCGCACAGGUGACUGUGUGUAUUUGAAGCCUUGUGUUGGGGGCGUCCCUGUUCCCUUAGCCCCAGCCAGGAGGAGGCAGAACUGGGAGCUACUGCCCGAAGGGGAGCAGAGCAAGCCUGGAAGGGCUGGCCUGAGAAACUGAGAAGGCCGGAGGGCUUAGGGCCAGAGUCGGGAUUGAUUUAGCAGCGCCUUCAGAUGUCAGGAUGAGCCCAUUUGAGGAUGGCUCUCUUCCCUAAGGUACAAGUUGGCCAGACCACACACUCCACUUCACCAACCCUGGCAUGCUGGCCCACUCCCUGUGGAAUGGAGUGGGGGUGAGAAAGGGUGUGUCCAGUGGCCUGGAGCUCCACGGUGGCUUUGUGUCCCCCCCAGCCCAGGUGUCCCUGGGGGCCGCCGCAGAGCAUUGCCCCAAAUCCUGAUCCAAGGGCCAGCAUGGGGAAGAGAUGGUUGCAGGCAAAAUGCACUUUAUACAGAGAUUUUCUAUUCUGGGAACGUGUGUUUCUCCCCCAGAUUGUUUGUGAACAUUCACUUGUUUCAUAAAUGUCUGAUCCUGUCUGAGUAAAGCCGUACUGUCGUCAGUCUUGUGGAAGGUCCGGGGACUGAGAGUCAGUCAGGCUGAGCCUGAAUGGAGCCUUAAGCCAGAGCAUCCUGGUUUUGCUGG